GGCUAUUCAAAAAGGGGACACAUAAGAGAGAGAGAGAGAGAGAGAGAGAGCGAGCUUGUUUCUAUGCCCAAAGACUCCAACUUUAUAUGAAAAAACCUGAGAGAGAGAAAAGAGUGUGCAAGGCCUAUAUGUAUGUAUAAAUACAUAUAUGAUGUUGCUAAAAAAACCCUAAUCUAAGAGAGUGUGAGAGAGAGAGAGAGAGACAACGACAGAAGAGGCUUUGAAUAUAGAAUUAUUACAAUUAUGGAGUCUCUGAGGCUAUUCAGUUCAGGGAAUCAAUGAAAACCCUAAUUUGGAAUCUGGAACCGAGGCAGAGUUGUCGAUGCAUGUCUCCGGAUUUCCUCUCGAUCUCAAUUGGUUCCUUCAAUUCAUCGUCACAGCAUUCAUUAUUGCCUUCGGAUUGCUUCACCUGGUCAAGAACACCGCAUCCAAAUACUUCAUGGUCGACGCCAAUUUCGACUCCCCCGACCCUUCUUCAUCACCGCCGCCUCUAGGAAGAGGAGGAGGAGAAGGCCGCAAGAUGCCCAGAGUUUCCGCCACCGCCGCCGAUUCCUGUGUCGUUUGCGGCAAUUCGACCACGAAACAGUGCUCUGGAUGCAAAUUGGUCCGAUACUGCUCCGGAGCUUGCCAAACUUCCCAUUGGAAAUCUGGGCAUAAGACAAAAUGCAAGGACUUUCAAUUGUCUGGGCAGGUAAAAUCAAUGCAGUCUGCAUAUAUGCAACAUGGACGGAGAGAUUCUAGUGCAGUUGCACUGGUUCCUUCCAGUGGAACCAUUAAUAUUAUCAAACAGUCAAAAGAGAUUCUUUUCCCCUAUGAGGAUUUUGUGGAACUAUUUAAUUGGGACAAGCGAGGAUUUCCUCCAUGUGGGCUUCUUAAUUGUGGAAACAGCUGCUUUGCUAAUGUGGUUCUACAAUGUCUUGUGUACACUCGGCCCCUUGUUGCCUACUUGUUGGAGAAAGGCCAUCGGAAAGAAUGCAGACGGAAUGAUUGGUGCUUCCUUUGUGAAUUUCAAACCCACGUUGAAAGAUCCAGUGAAAGUCGGCAUCCCUUUUCACCAAUUAAUAUUCUCUCGCGGUUACCUAAUAUUGGUGGUGACCUUGGCUAUGGAAAACAAGAGGAUGCGCAUGAGUUCAUGAGGUUUGCUAUCGAUACUAUGCAAUCAGUGUGCCUAGAUGAAUUUGGCGGAGAGAAGGCCCUUCAUCCUAGCACUCAAGAAACAACCCUUAUUCAACAUAUAUUUGGGGGUCAUCUCCAAUCUCAGGUGAUUUGUUCAAAAUGCAAUAAUGUUUCAAAUCAGUAUGAAAAUAUGAUGGAUCUAACUGUUGAAAUUCAAGGGGAUGCCACAUCUUUAGAGGAAUGCUUGGACCUAUUCACUGUCAGAGAGCGGCUUCACGGAGAUAAUAUGUAUAAAUGUGAUGGAUGCAAUGAGUAUGUCAUGGCAUGGAAGCGUCUUACUGUUCGAAGGGCCCCAAACAUUCUUACAAUUGCUUUAAAGAGGUUUCAGAGCGGGAGGUUUGGGAAACUUAACAAGAGGGUGACUUUCCCUGAGACUUUAGAUCUUAGCCCUUACAUGAGUGAAGUAGGAGAUGGUAACGAUGUUUACAAGCUAUAUGCAGUGGUUGUCCAUGUUGACAUGCUAAAUGCAUCGUUUUUCGGCCAUUACAUUUGUUAUACAAAGGAUUUUUGUGGAAAAUGGUACAGGAUUGAUGACUGCAAGGUCAUGAGGGUUGAUUUGGAAGAGGUGCUCUCGCAGGGGGCUUAUAUGCUGUUGUAUAGCAGGGUUUGUGCCCGACCAUCAUGUCUGAAGCCAAUUGAAUCUUUAACUAAGGGGAAGCAGCAAACAGUUCAAGAAGGGGAGCCCCAUGUCAAACAAUCAGUUGAAUUCCUUACUACAGCCGAGUCAAUUAAUGGCAUAUGUACUUCUGGUUCCUUGUCAUCUGAUAGCGACUCACAAGAAAAAGUUUCUACUUGCGAAAAGGAGAGAACUAAUUCUGAAGAUGUGAGAGAGGACAUUGAAAUGGUAGAUUCUGAGUCAAGUUCAUCUGUUCCACAGGAUAUUGAAGUACAUGGCAAUGGGUAUUCUCAUGCGAUUGAAGACACCGCUUCUCCUGUUGUACAUGCUAAUAGAUUAGUCUCUGCGGUUGGUUCUUCUCUAAGUGAGAUGUUUAAGCCUGAAGCUUAUUCUCAGAAUUCUGAAUCAGACUUUCCUCAUUCUGCUGUUGAUGAGAAUGCAGCUGAGAGAAGUAGUGCCAAAAGGUUGACUGAAUCUUCAAGUGAAAGCGCUCAGCCAAUACAGAAUGGUGUCUGUGAGGGGGGAAAAAUUUCUCAUGAUGCUCCUGUUGGUAAUUUAAGCUCAGGUGAACUUCUUGAUGAGAUCAGUCCUGUUGAUUGCAACGGUGAGCAGGCAAAAAUGGAGCCUGGAAAGGGCUUGCCAUCAUCUAGCAGUACUAAGGAUGCCACAGGGAAGUUGGCUAGUAGAAAUUUUUCUGAAGGAAAGUUGAAGCCUCUGUUUCCUCCAGGUUUUCUCAGAAAGCAUUCUGGCAACAAUUCUCCAAAGAGAGGUGGGAAAGCAAAAGCUCCUUCAGAACUAGCUGAAUGUGCAUCUUCUUACAAUCCUAAUAAAAUCAUUAGUGGAUUUGCAAAACCUGGUUUUCUUAAUCAAAAUGGUGUGAGGACAAAAGAUGUGGGAAAGUCUCAUUCUAAGUGCAGUAGUUCUUCGUCUCCUACUUUUGAAGAACGAGUUGGGAAUCACUUGGACAAGGACGUUAUGGUGCUCAGUGGAUCUGGUGAUUUUAAUCACUCCAAUGGAGAUUCUGGUGCUUUUGUUAUUUCUGAUGAGGGCAUUAGCUAUAUUAGUGGGGAUGACCAACAAUUGGCAGGGAAAACCUCGAGCUACAAGGAGGAGCUCCAUGAGAGUGAAACUACACCCGAAAAGAUCAGAACAGAUUCUGAAAGACCGGUGGAAAGUGACUUGUAAUCUCAGUGAAGAUGACUCAACAACUCAAAUUUUGUUUGAAGCAUCUACGCUAUCAAUGGAUUUGCAUUUGAGACUUAAAUCUUGAAAAGUAAAAUUUGACGGUCCUUGACCAAAGGGCAAAGAAACGCAAAACAGAUGGUAGUAGUCCCCAUACCCAAGGAAAUUGUUGUUGAUACGUAAAUGAGGUUAGUGGCAAGGAAGGGGCAGAUUGUUUCAGUGCUUAGAUUGGAUGGUUCAGGUAGCGGUUUUCUUAAGAUUCUGGAGAUGGAAAUGGAAGAGCUAGAAUAAUGGACAAUGAUGAUGGUUCAUGGUAAUAGUUUUAAGGUGCGAUUCUUUUCUUCACGUGAUAUAUUUGUUCAUAAUUGUUGAAUCAUGAAUGAUCAUCCCAUGGCCAAAUGGUCGAGUUGGGAAUUUCGUCCGAGGUUUCACUAUUUACAAACCUUUGGAUGCUCUGCUCUUGUACUAUUCUUAGUUAUAAUAACUCCUGAAAGUGAGAAAAUGCAAAGACACAAAUUGUGUGUAGCUAGCUAGCUAGCUAGCGAGAGGGAAGUUUUUUUUUAAAUAGAACAUUGCUGAAUCAUAGUUUGCAUUCUCAUUUUAAA